GAUUUAAAUAAAAGCGAAGAAAAGAAUGGAAAAGAAAAUGAGGACAAGAAGAAGAAGGAUAAGAACAAAGACAGUGAUAAGGAUUCAACGGACACGCGAUCGUCGACUACCACAAGGAGGGGUCGCAAACCUAAAGCUCUUAAAGCUGAAGGAAAAGACAAGACAUCCAAAGAGAUGAGUGGUUCGUCUCUUAAGAAAAAGCUUCAAAAGGGAAAGUCUGACCGAAUGGCGAUCGCAGAACUCAAAAAGUCUGGCAAACACUUCCUUCAGGGGGGUUCGUGUGUAGAGGUGGCGCCCAAACUCCCCAAAUGUCGCGAAUGCCGAAUGACUCCAACCCAGAGAAAUCGAAAGCCAACCAUAUUUUGUCGCUUUUAUGACUACCGAAAGUUAGCCUUUAAGAGCAAUAUCCUAACGAUCGCCGGUUUCUCUCAACCACAAGAUGCCAAUGAAGAGGACCUAAAGCUAUGGCUUCCGAGUGAAGAGCUGCCCACAGACCUAGACGUGGAAACGGCUAAGUUUAUGAUCGCACACGUGGGCGACCAGUUCUGUGACUUAGUUAAGCAGGAAAAAGAGGCACAACUUCUACACAUGGGAUCAACCAAUAAGAACAUAACGUGGAAGAGAGUGGUUCAGGGGGUACGGGAGAUGUGCGAUGUGUGUGAGACCACUCUGUUUAACAUCCACUGGGUUUGUGACAAAUGCGGUUUUGUGGUCUGCAUUGACUGCUAUAAGGCCCGCAAAGUGGGCUCAAUCAAGGAGGAGGAGUGUCCCGCCAAAGACAGGGAUGGCUUCCAAUGGCUUCUCUGUAAUAAUCGUCAACAACACGAACCCAAGAGUCUGGAAGUGACUCAGAUUAUAGCCGCCUCUGCGCUGUCAAGUGUGGGCCGAAUGCUUCACAGCCUUCGCACCAAAUGGGGCAUCAGAUCCAACUGCACGUGUGUUAGUGUUUCACUCAAAGACAUGGCUCACAAGAAGUCCAAUGGAUUUACAAAACAAGUGUUAAGUGUUGUGAAGAUUGAUAACAAACAAGUGAAUGGUGUGAAUGAAACCAAUAAGAACUGGAAAUCAAUGAACGGUGCGGUGGCUAUCAUUAAACAGGAAACCGAUAGCACACUAACCGGCUAUAGUUCAGAGAGCGGUAACUCUCCCCUCAGUUUCUUCGUGGACGUCGCCCUCACUUCAGAGAAACUCAUUUCCAAAUCUCCGACCAUUAAAGAGGAAUCCGAACAAAAGGCUAAGAAGAGGGCGUCUAUUAAGUCAGACAAAGACAUUGAAAUGUCGAGCGAUGGCGACGACGAUAACAAACACUCGACUUUACGCGAACUACUGAUGGGACCGACAUCUAAGGUUACAAAGGAUAGUAAAUCAAACGGUUCACCACUGAAUGACUCGCAAAAGACGACAAACCAGUCUCCAGAACACGAGUCUUCAGAUUCGGACACAAAGGACGAGAACUGCGAGAAGAAAGAGCCACCAAAAGAGUUACAGCACUUCACGAGACGAUACUUUCCGCUCCGCAAAGAGUUGGAUCCGUUGCCAAUCAUAUGUCGAAUUUUGGACGAGACGAAGAAGCAGUUCCCUCUCAUACCCCACAACUGGUUCUGCGGCGGAAGACUUCUUGUAUUGCACGAACCGAAGAAUAGCGAAAAUAUACACUUAUUUCAAGAACAGUGGAUUCGCGGACAGCCGGUUCUGGUGAAAGACAAUCACAAGAACCUGAACGGCCAGCUCUGGCAUCCGGACUCUUUCAGCAAGGAUUUCGGUGACAUUAAGAACGAUUUGGUGAACUGUUUGAAUGGAGACAUUCUCCCCAAACAACCGAUGAGGAAGUUUUGGGACGGUUUCGAGAGCUUACAGAUCCGUAUGAAAGACAAAUCGGGAGAAUACAUGCUUUUGAAACUGAAGGACUGGCCGCCGGACGAGGAGUUCAGCGAUUUAUUGCCCUCCCGUUACAAAGAUCUGAUGGCAUCGCUUCCACUGCCCGAAUACACCAACAGAAACGGUGUCCUUAACCUCGCGGGUCGUCUUCCAGAGUGUUUCGUUCGACCAGAUUUGGGACCAAAGAUGUACAGCGCGUACGGGUCGUGCCUUCACGCCGAUAGGGGCACCACUAACCUCCAUCUGGACAUCAGUGAUGCUGUCAAUGUCAUGAUCUUUGUGGGCAUUCCCAAGGAGACCAACAAAUCGGAAAAGGACUGUCUUCAGGAAGUGCUGACAGCCGUAGACAACGCCGGUUGUGAUGAAGUGAUGAAGAGACGCAUCCGCGAGAAGGGCGUCAAAGUGGGCGCUCUCUGGCAUAUAUACAACGCCAGAGACGCCGACAAAAUCCGGGACUUACUCAACAAAGUGGCGAUAGAAAGGGGAGAGUCUCUCGAACCACAUCACGACCCCAUUCACGACCAGAGCUGGUAUUUGGAUGAACACCUCCGAAGUCGACUGUUGAAGGAGUAUGGGGUCGAGGGGUACGCCAUCGCGCAGUGUCUGGGAGACGCCAUAUUCAUACCUGCCGGUGCUCCCCAUCAGGUGCGCAAUCUGAACAGUUGUGUCAAAGUCGCCGGUGAUUUCGUGUCUCCAGAGAAUGUGAGCCAUUGCUUCAAUUUGACGCAAGAGUUCCGCCAGUUGUCAGACACCCACACCAACCAUGAGGACAAACUGCAGAUCAAAAACAUUAUAUACCACGCCGUCAAAGACGCCCUCUCUGUCCUCCGCAACCAUCCGUCACAGCCCUCCCAUUGACCCCCCCUUAACACCGUAUUGACGACUCUAUACUCAAUUGAUUCUUAAGAAGUUCUUAAUACUAGUCAGUCUUCUGGGAAUACAUUGGUUCCCGAAGACUUGAUGUGCAUUUGUGGUCAUUGCGGUCAAUGGCCUCACAAGCGAUCCAUUUGUAAGCAUUGUAUUAACGGCUCAUUCGAUGUAAUUAUAUAUGAAUUCAACAAUACUUUCGACUAUUUUGUUGCAAACAUUCAUUCAUUGAUUCAGUGAAUCGAUUGAAUCG